UUUUGAUUUAAAUCUGUUUAAUCUACUUCCUCUUUCUCUUUUUCAAGGAAGUUAAAAUUCUUUCGUAGAAGUCGCCCGGGAAUUUUCUAUUUAUUUUUUGUCUGCGGAUUAAAAAUGGAAGCUACUUGGCUUACAGGUGCAUUACCAAGAGGAGCGUAACAGAAUGACGCCAAGGACAAAAAAUUUAAAGUAAUCACAGACGUUCGUUUCCUGGCUAAAAGACUACAAAGAGUGCAAAUUGUGGCAAUAUAUGAACAGUGCAAACUAUAGCAUAUCCCUUUCACCAACACAAAGGAAUAAGCAGCGGCGAAUCGGAUAGAAAUAAGUAUCUCUGGCGAUACAUUUACCAAGUACAAAGAGGUAAGAAGCUUAAGUUAAGGUAACGGUUGCCAAGAUGUGAAGUUCGUUCAAGAUUUAUGUGACAGUUCCUGAAAUGUGGGAGUCGAAUGUGAAGAAUAUUUAGAAAUAUAAGAAAUUAACAAAUAGGUAUUCUUUAUCAGUGUUUGUUCCGGAGAUAAAAUUAAUGUAGCUUGUACGAAGCUGUGAUUAAAAAAAAAAUACCAUUAUUUGAAGUUUCCUCGCUGUUUAAUAAGGAAGUGUCCAUUUGAAUAUAUUAACAACUGGUCAUACAUUGUCUUGUCCUAUUGUCGCACGGGAUGCCCACAAUAUCAAGUAAACUGUGUUAUAUUCUACUGUCACCUAUAACCUCAAAGGUUUGUCAGAAGAGAAAUAACUGCAUAUUUACGACGAUUCGAUAACAUAAAUGAUAUUUUUGUAACACUCAUUUCUACAUAGAUAAAAGGAACGGUGAAAUGGACGUAUACCGCUUUAGUGAUGUGUUUCAUAAAGUUUUAUAUCUAGUGAAUAAUUCUAGAUUUGGAUUUUAUACAUUGAAAAAAUGGAUUAUAGUCUCGAAGUAACAAGCCGACGUAUUACUGACUAUCAUGGCACCAGUUAUACAAAAAUGCACAUAAAGGGGCCAGUCUACGUGUUUAUUGAACAAACCGCGUAUGUUUCUGUUCUAGAUGACAGUCACGGAACACAACUGUUUCCUCGGAUACAAUACAAUCACGUGACUUGAAAUGGCGCGGACGCCUUUUUUACUGCUUGUGGAAAAAAGUCAUAAAUUUUGUGUUUUUGUUGGAUGGAUAUAAAAAUUUUGUGGAUUAAAGUGACUGUAAAUGUUGUAGAUAGACAUUGUCGAUGCCACCGAAAAUUUCAAGUAAAAAAGAACAGAAACAAAAUAAACAACAGAAAAAUGCAAAGCGUAAGGCAAAUUCGCCAUUGUUAUCGGACAAUGAAACUUGUCAAACCGGUUCAGUAAAUGGAGCGACGAAGAAUGUAAACAAACGCACAAACAUUGAUCAACAAAACAGUACGUAUUAUGACUAUAUGCAAUUAUGUCUCAGGGAAUGACAUCACCGAUUAUGAAUUUCGGACAGCCUUUUGCUUAUAUUCCUCAAACUCCUCAAGGGCAGAUGUGCCAGCAGGUGCCAAGUGUCCCACCAAGCAUCCCACCCCCAUGGGCCAAUGAACUUAUCCAAGAUAUGAAGUCAUUGAAGCAGUCCCUACCCAAAAUAGAAAACAUUGAAAAAACAGUAAAUAGAAUAAGUGCAAAAGUGUCGGAAAUUGAAGUUAAACUGAAUACAAUAGAGACCCGGGUUGAUGCGGUAGAGCAGUCAUGUUCAUUUAUAAAUUCUGAAGCAGAGUUACAGAAAAAUGAGCUGAAAGAAGCUAAAAAAGAAAUUCACACUCUUCAUAAAGCUUGUAGAAAUUUAGAAACAAGUGUAAAGCAGCAUGAAGCCGAGCGAGAAAAAAUGGACGAUAAACUGAAUGAUCUUGAGGCCCGAUCAAUGCGGGAAAAUUUGAUGUUUUACGGACUAAAGGAGGAUAGCGAAGAAGACUGUUCUGAAAAAGUAAAAGUUUUCUGUCAGGAUAAUCUUGAAAUUGAUGCAUCAAAUAUGACAUUUGAUCGUGCCCACAGAAUUGGAAAUAAUACCGCAAAGAAACCACGGCCUAUUGUGGUAAAAUUCCAUUAUUAUUCGGAGCGGGAAAAGGUCCGUAAAGCUGGAUUCGAUAAGCGUGAGCAGCUGAAAGAGCGAAAAGUAGGAGUCGGUAUACAACAACCUAAACAGGUGCGAGAUGCAAGAAAGGAGCUUUACUCAGUAAAAAAAGCCGAAGCAGAAAAAGGAAAUGAUACAAAAUUUGUCGGGAAAAAACUGUACAUUAACGGUCAGUUAUAUGUUGGAAAGAAUGCCACUACGCAAAAUUAUUAGGGAAGUCGAGGGAAGCAAUUAAAAUUUCUCUCCUGGAAUGUAAAUGGACUGAGCAGAAAAUUAUGUGAUCCUGACUUUUGGAUAUAGUGUAUAAUCAUGACAUAUUUAUUGCAUCAGAAACAUGGUUAUCAAAGAAAACUAGUUUAAAUGUAGAAAUAAAAGGUUUUGAUAGUGAACAUUUAUAUGGAAAUAAGUCACAGAACGUUAGGAAAGGCCGUUACAGCGGUGGUAUUUCAGUAUACUUUAAGCAUUUUUUGAGAAACAAAAUUAAGAUUGUGGAAAAACUUGC